UGAAUGAUUGAUGGAUGGAUGAAUGAUUGAUGGAUGGAUGAUGAAUGAUGGCUGUUGCCCAUCUAGACGAAUGUCUUGUUGCUACAAUGUCUUCUUCAUGCGUCUUCAUUCAGGUGGCCUUCCACAUUCAGCCAUACAAGGGACGGACGGACCAGAGCAUGCAUGACAACAUCAAGUACAUUAUUGACAGAUACGGGAAGCAUGAAGCCUUCUACAGAUUCAGGACCAGCACAGGGCAGAUCCUGCCUCUGUUUUAUGUCUAUGACUCCUAUCUUACUCCUCCUGACUCCUGGACAGAGCUUCUGACCCCCACGGGUUCCCAGAGCGUCAGAGGAACGCCGUAUGAUGGGGUGUUUGUUGCACUGGUGGUGGAGGAGCGCCACAAGCACGACAUCCUUGCCAGCGGCUUCGAUGGGAUGUACACCUACUUCGCCUCCAACGGGUUCUCCUUCGGCUCGUCACACCAGAACUGGAAAGCCAUCAAGGCGUUCUGUGACACAAACAAUCUGCUAUUCAUACCCAGCGUGGGUCCGGGGUACGUGGACACCGCAGUCCGACCGUGGAACAACCACAACACCAGGAACCGGGUCAACGGCCGUUACUAUGAGACGUCCCUGCAGGCGGCGCUGUCUGUCAGACCCGAAAUCGUAACCAUUACCUCCUUCAACCAAUGGCACGAAGGCACUCAGAUAGAAAGGGCCGUGCCCAAGAAAACAGCGGAACGUUUAUAUCUGGACUACCUGCCAAACCAAGCAGACCAUUAUCUGCAGCUGACGCGCCAGUGGGCCCAGACCUUCAGCAGAGAGAAGGACAAGUGGCUGAUGUGAAUCUGGGAACCAGUGGGACUCUGCUGGUGACCCUGGCUAUAGACCAACAGCUGCUCCUCAAUCUUUCCUCUUUAUCUGUUGUUUUCCUUCCUCUGAAAUAAAGACUGUUACUUCCUGUCCUUUGGUCUGUUUACUGGUGGACGGUUCUACGUCCCACCUGAAGGGAAGC